UUCUUCCUUCUCCCAAUGUCACCUUCGAUUCACGCGGUUUGUUCCACGCGUCUUUUGGGUUUGGUUUUGAUCCAAAAUCUAAUGAUUAUAAGGUGGUCAGGAUUCUCUGCAUACUACUGCGUAGUCCUUCCGAGUUUGGAAAGUGUCGACUGGAGGUUGAUGUUUACUCACUCUCCACUGGUGAAUGGAGAAUGCGUAGUGCUUCUGCUUCCCUGCCUCCUAUAUGGGGUAUACUUCGUCGUGAGCGACCGGCAUUUGCCAAUGGGGCGCUGCAUUGGAUUGGUCUCAGAAAUGAUAACAAACAGUUUGUUUUGGUGUUCGAUUUGGGGGACGAGGUCUUCCGCCAAAUUCUGCUGCCGGAACUUCCGAGUUAUACAGGGAGGAUGGUGUGGACUCGUGUUUCCAUGUAUGGAAAUUCCAUUGCUGGGUUUCAAAGAACGGUAGGGAGUGGUCAGAUCAAUAUAUGGGUGAUGAAAGAGUAUGGUGUUGCAUCGUCGUGGACAAAAUUUUCACAUCAGUGUCCAAGUCUGGGAACGCUCCAACCAUGCCCAGUUGGCUUUAGGAGGAAUGGUGAGGUUGUAUUGGAAAAUGACAGAAAUGAUGAGGUUGUAUUGGAAGAUAAUGGAAUUGGUGAGGUUGUAUUGCUAAAUGAUAGAAGAGGGCUCAUCUCGUGGAAUCCAGAUAGCCAGAAUGUUAAGAAUCUUGAAAUUGAUGGAUCUCAUAAGACUUUUUUUGGUUCUUAUGUCGAGAGUCUAGUUUUGCUCGACAAAGCUAACAAAGGUGUUGUUACAUACUGAGGAAAAACAGAAAAUCGGACCUCAUGCAAUCAUGGUUGGUGAUGAGCUCUAAAUGAGUAACAAACAUUAAUUCUGCAAAAGAAAAGAUUCAACAAAACUCUUUGAUGGUGUAUAGUUUCUUAGUAUUGAAUUAGCUUACUAUGUCAAAAUGGCAUGUAGUUGUUUUAUGCUAAACUCCUUUUGUGGCUACACCAUUGUUAUAUUAGUAUUUUUUAAUGAUUUGCAGUUUGGUUUCAGUGUAUUUACAGAAAUGAUUAAGCAUUUAAUUUUGUCUGCCAUAUAUGCUUGCAUUG